AGAAAGAGAGAUGGAGAUUGGAGGAUAGGAUGAGACUGAAGGGUAUAUAUGUUAAACCAAGAGAGGAACAAAAAGGGAAUUAAGGCCAUUGUUUUUUUGCGGUGGCAAGUUGCAAGUAGGAAAAAAUAGAUGCACGACAUGAGUGCUUCAUGACAUUGUAUUCUAUUACAAGUUAGUUUGAGGGUAGGUAAUACACGAGGAAGCGAUCACUCUUGGAUUGGACCCAAAUGUAACUUGGCAAAAGUGCAUAUAGCUUGUUUGUGCCUAGAUUGGCGGUGGCUCAUUUUAAAAAUAUUGAAAAGCAAAGCCAUUGCAAAUUGCAAGGAUGAGGGUACUUUAGGCAUUGUAGAGAGAGAGAGAGAGAGUAUAUAAUAUAUUAGUCUUAGAUUUGAUUCGUUAUUACGUAGAAUUGAAGGAACGCAUAUGAUAGCAUGUUACUUUGAUUUCAGCUUUUCUUUUUAAAGAUGAGAUGAGAAUCUCUUGUGGCCCAGUUGGUUUGGUUGCUCCAUAAAUACUAUAGAGAGUCGGUGGAGAUGUUUGAAUUGCGGCAGUCACAAGUUUUUGUUGAGUACAACUUGAAAACAAUGUCUUCUACUUUGCUGCUAUGGAUUGUGCUAGCUCUCAUGUUUUUGGCUCAAACACCACAAAGAUGUGGAGGGCAGUUGGAGGAGGAAUGGUGCAUAGCCGAUGAGCAGACCCCAGACGCGGAGCUGCAAAUGGCGCUUAAUUGGGCUUGUCAAGUGGGAGGAGCAGACUGCAGUAAGAUCCAAGAAAACCAAGCAUGCUACUUGCCCAACACUCUACAGCACCACGCCUCUUACGCCUUCAACAAUUACUAUCAAAAGUUGAAGCAGCAAGGAGGGACUUGCUACUUCAAUGCUGCUGCUUUCGUCACUGCUCUUGAUCCAAGUCAUAAUUCCUGCAAGUUUGAGUACCUUCCUUGAUGAAAGCGUGGAGGAUUUGGAUUUGCAGUGAAACAAGUUAAAAGAGAGAAUUUGCACUUCUGGUAUUAUCACUAUGUAUGUAUCACAUACAGAUCCAAUUAAAAUUAUUUUUGAGUUUCCAUUCA